AAGCCUAAGGUUGUGACAUCCUAUUUGCUAUUCUGCAAGCAACAUCGCAAGAAAAUUGCUGAGGAAAAUCCAGGAUUAGGUAAGCCUUUUUCACGCAAUUUUCACUGCAAGUACAGUCAUUAAAUUUUAUCAAGCAUCAAUGUUUCCAAGCGUACAACUCUAACUAUAAUGGUACAGGACAUAACAUGUUGCAACAACCGUUACUGCUCAAUCCUGAAUAUACAUUGCGCGAUUGGACUGCAUUAGUGCUAAAUCCAUGUUGUAGUGCAUACAUGUAAUAAAGGGUGAUACCUUAGCAUGCAAUAAUCAUUUGUACACUGUACAUGUCACAUAAGCCAAAUUCUUGGUGGUGUGAUAAACUUCAUCCCAUUAAACCUGACCAUAGUUUAGGCAUCCCUCUCACAAAACAUCAUUGUGUGGUGGUGAGACAUAAAAGGAGGCAGUAAAUUUACAGGCUAUCCUCUCUUUUCCAAGAAAUUUCCAGAAUGAUUUCUUGUUUUGUUUUUUUAGAGUUUACUGAAAUCAGCAAAAAGGUGGGCAUUGCAUGGAACAACCUCAGUGAAGAAGAUAAGCAGGUAUAUAAAUUCAAUGGUAAUCUAAAUAUUGCUGUUUUUUUAACAAAUAGUGAGAACAGCUUGUUGGCAAAGUAAAACAAAACAGUUGCUUUAGUACAUGAUGAAAAACCCGUAACUUUUCACAGGCCACAAAGCAGGUCACAAACAGUGAAAGAAGCCACAGAAAAAUCAAUCCUAUGGCACAGUGGAAAAGUUUUGUCAAAGAAUGGUGACACCAUAGGAUUUCAUCCACAGCUUUAAAAAUUAAAGUGACAAAUAUUCUUGUCAUAAUGAAAUCAGGGGGUAAAACAGUUAAACAUCUCUUUUGUUUUUGCAGCAUUGGCGAAAGAAAGCAGAAGAGCUCAGGAAAUCACUUGGACUUCAAGCAACCCCCAAAGCUGUCUCCACACCUGCACCAAAAGUAAAGGAUGACAAAGCUGAGCCUAUUGACUUAGCAGCACACUUGCAACUUCUGGGGGAGUCCCUCGGGACAAUUGGAGCGUGUCUCAGGGUACAGGUGUGUAGAAGUUAUACUAGAGUGAGAGGGUGGAGUGGGGAUGGGAUUAGACUUUGAAAUACUUCAUCGCAGAAUGCUGGUCUGCUGGGUGAGACAUGUCGGUUUGUCCUCUGAACACCAAACACAAUCUUGUCUGCCUGUUGACUUUGUCUCUUUUAUACCGCUGGAUUACAUCCCCCUCGUCCCAACAAAGAACAGUACAAUCUUUAAACUUGUCUUCGGUAGGGUGCAGCAUGCACACAAAAAUCACUGGGAAAGUGAGUUCCACCUUCCUUACAGAAAGCCUUUUAUGGGACAGACAGACAGAAGUCACACAGCUGCCCAAACAAACGGGAAACCUUGAUAGAAUGGCCUGCUUAAAAUUUAUGGCCUGUGUGGGCAGUCUGACCCUCUUUGUGCUGUUUUUUUUUUUCUUUAAAAUUAUGAGCUUUGUUUGUUUUCGUUGUCUUGACAAGUCGAUGUUCUUUUUCAGGACCCAGGAGAAGUGCAUGGCAGCUUGUCGGUGUUGUUAGACAGUGCACUGUGUGCUAUUUCACCACUACUAUUUCUUACAUCUCAAGUACCAGAAAUGAAUGGCUGUUCACCGAAAACUCAGGUACUUGGAUUUUUUUUAUUUUGAUCAGCAUCUAGUUUCUCCUAAUGGUGACUCUGCUUAAACAAACAUGGUGAUCAUGAGAAUGAAGGACUUGAUGACCACGGAACCUGUAUUGGUCGUCACUUAAAGGUCGCUUAAGAUCACUUUUGGUCUAACUAUUAGAGGGCUGUGUCACGGCAGUCCGGUUCGUUUUGUUAAAGUUUGCCAAUUACUCGCCCUCAAUCGCUAAAGUAAGCAAAGAAAUUACAUCUAAAUGACAAAUCAGAGAUCCGAGACAAACAAAUAUGUCUCCAGAGCAUUAUUUUUGAAGUCGCAAGCAGCAGGGAUCAACUUUGAAAAACUGUUAGGCUGAACAGUUUCCAAAAACCCUAAUGUCAAUCCGUUUCAAUCUUCCUCAGUUUUGCCCAUCCAUGGCAUCUGUUGUAUCUGUUAUGUUAUUUUAACCUUCCUUUAAAGUUUUAAGCGGUUAUUUUUAUGUUUCUCUUAAUUUACCGGGCAUUUUGCAAUUUCCUACUUUGGCUGAAUUUCGUGACACAGCUCCUUUAAAGAGAGGGGCAACUGGUGUUUGUCGCCCCGCUGGAGGUUACAUGUGUGUGAUGGCCUUACUUUAAUUGUCAAUUAGGCGUUGAUAUACGUGAAUGUUAUGACAUUUCAAAGAAACAGUUGUUGUCUAGAAUAACAUUGCAUGUUCUGAGGUGGGUAAACAACCAAUCCAAGUGACUUGAAUUUCUUAUUUUUUUCAACAGGCAGAGGUUCUGGAUAAUCUCGCUUAUUUGAUGCCUGGCUUAGGAUGA